UGAGUGUGUGACUCAACCUCCUCCAUCUCUCCUUCCUCGUGUUCGAUAUUUCAUUGUUGAGCAAGAGAAUGGCGAGACAACUCUGCAAUCUGUUGCGCCGACCGCUUCGGCUUCGGUCUGCUCCGUCGCUCGGAGUCUCUAGCACGAGAAUCCCCCUUCCCCUUCGAUCCGGCGCUACAUCGCUCCCUUCGCGUUCCAUUCGCUAUCUGAGCACCACUCCGAUUGCGAGAGCGCAAGGGUUUCAUUCGCAGCAAGAGCAGGCCCCCGCGACAACUCCCGCCGAGAACCGAACCCCCCAGACCCUGACCGAAAAGAUCGUGCAGCGCUAUGCCGUCGGUUUGCCCCCCGGAAAACUCGUUCGCAGUGGCGACUACAUCAGUCUCGCGCCUGGCUACUGUAUGACGCAUGACAAUUCGUGGCCGGUGGCGCUGAAGUUCAUGUCGAUGGGAGCCACCAAGGUGCACAACCCGAAGCAGAUCGUCAUGGCCCUGGAUCACGAUGUCCAGAAUACCAGCCCAUCCAAUCUUCAGAAAUACCAACAGAUCGAGGCCUUUGCUGCCAAACACGGGAUCGACUUUUACCCUGCAGGACGGGGUAUCGGACACCAGGUGAUGGUGGAAGAGGGAUAUGCGUGGCCGGGCACCAUGGCGGUUGCCUCCGAUAGUCACAGCAACCAUUAUGGCGGAGUGGGCUGUUUGGGAACCGCCGUCGUCCGGACGGAUGCUGCGAGUAUCUGGGCCACCUCGCGCACCUGGUGGCAGAUUCCCCCGGUGGCGCGGGUCACCUUCACCGGGACGCUCCCCGUGGGCGUUACGGGGAAGGACGUGAUCGUCGCCUUGUGUGGGCUUUUCAAGAGCGAUGUCCUGAACCACGCCAUUGAGUUCACCGGCUCGGAGGAGACCAUGGCCAGUCUGCUCGUCGACAGUCGGUUGACGAUCGCCAACAUGACCACCGAAUGGGGCGCGCUCACCGGUCUCUUCCCCAUUGAUACCACCCUCAAGCGCUGGCUGCGGUACAAGGCGACCGAGGCAGCCCUGUCCGACGAUCGAACCACGCGCGAGCGCAUCACCCACGAGAGGAUUGACGAGCUGUUCGCCAACCCCCUUGUUGCCGACCCGGAUGCCCAAUAUGCCAAACAGCUUUACCUCAAUCUCUCUAGUCUCUCCCCCUACGUCUCGGGCCCCAACUCGGUCAAGGUCGCUACCCCCUUGAACGAGCUCGCUGCCAAGAACAUCAAAGUGAACCGCGCCUACAUCGUCUCCUGCACUAACUCUCGUGCAUCGGAUCUGGCCGCUGCUGCCCAAGUCUUCCGCGACGCCGCCAAGGCGAACCCCGGUGUGACCCCGAAGAUUGCCGAGGGCGUUCAGUUCUACAUCGCGGCUGCCUCUGCCCCCGAGCAGGAGGCUGCUGAAUCGACGGGUGACUGGCAAAUCUUGCUCGAUGCGGGCGCGCAGCCCCUCCCUGCCGGAUGCGGCCCCUGCAUUGGCCUUGGAAAGGGCCUGCUGGAGCCUGGAGAGGUGGGCAUUAGUGCCAGCAACCGCAACUUCAAGGGUCGGAUGGGCUCGCGUGACGCACAGGCAUACUUGGCCAGCCCGGAAGUGGUGGCUGCCAGCGCUCUCAGCGGUGUCAUCUCGGGACCCGGCGCCUUCCAGGUGCCCCCGGAGGAGUGGGCCGGUGUGGACUAUGGAUUUGGGACCGGUCGCGAACCCACCACGGAGCAGCAGCUCACCAACCUCUUGCAGCAAAUGGAAUCUUUCAUCGAUCGCGUGGAGACGGCCCAGGGUGCUUCCGAGAAGUCGGCCACCGAGAUCCUGCCCGGCUUCCCCGAGCGGAUCAGCGGAGAGAUCCUGUUCUGCGAUGCGGACAACCUCGAUACCGACAGCAUCUACCCCGGCAAACUCACCUACCAGGACAACGUCUCCAAGGAGGACAUGGCUCGGGCCUGUAUGCAGAACUACGAUCCCGAGUUUCACGGAAUCGCCAAGCCCAGCGACAUUCUCGUGGCUGGCUUCAACUUCGGCUGCGGAUCCUCCCGGGAACAGGCUGCCACGGCCAUCCUGGCCAAGCAAAUCCCUCUGGUGGUCGCUGGAAGCUUUGGGAACAUCUUCUCCCGCAACAGUAUCAACAACGCCCUGAUGGGACUCGAGGUGCCCCGGCUGGUUGAGCGUCUCCGCGCUCGCUUCUCUCAGCCAUCUGCUGGCGCUGGUACCGAGCGUCAGCCUACUCGCCGUACCGGCUGGACUCUAACGUGGGACGUGAAGCGAAGCCAGGUGGAGGUGCAGGAAGGCGAAGGUGGCGAGAGCUGGACGGAGCAGGUGGGCGAGCUCCCUGCCAACGUGCAGGCUAUCAUCGCCGCUGGUGGUCUCGAGGCCUGGGUCAAGGGAGAGGUCAGCAAGUCCGCCUAGGUGGAUACGCGAGCAAGAUAGACGGGUUUAGAGUUGUUUGGAAGCAUGUAAAUAUCCUUAGCGUCAUUGUCCAUUGAAUCACUGUAUUACUACACUCACACGACGCAAGCAAGUCCAUGCGGCGGUAUGAGAGGGAAGAGAGAAAGGCUUCUCAAUCAAGUCCAGGCCUGGGAAACAGUCUGGAGCCCUUGGGUUUCUGCAAUCCCACGCGACGAAUACAACUCAGAUCCGCUGGAAUGGUGCCAUAGUCAUCCCCCACGACCAACAACCCACAACCACUCUGGACGGUGUGCCAUUUCUGCAGGCAUUAUCAAGAUCCCUGGAUCAAACCGGACCAGGAAUGAUGAUGUAUCUCUGAAAGAUAAAAUAGUGGCACAAUCCUUUAACCGGAGACUAAAUCCUCAAG